AUGGUUUUUUGGCCCUAUCAAACGAGCAGAUGCCGAGAGACAACUGUCAUACCCUGGAAACCAGGCAGGAGCCUUCCUAAUCAGAGAAAGUGAAAGUCUAAAAGGCGAAUUCUCACUUUCAGUUUUUGAUGGUGCGUCUGUGAAACACUACAGGAUCAGAAAGUUGGAUGAAGGAGGCUUUUUCCUAAGCAGAAGGAAAACUUUUAAAACUCUGAAUGAGUUUGUUGACUAUUACAGUAAGAACAGCGAUGGCCUCUGUGUGGUGCUUGGAAAGCCAUGCCUCAAGGUACAGAUUCCUACUACAUUUGAUUUGUCGUAUAAAACUGUUGAUCAGUGGGAGAUAGACCGACAAUCUCUGAAAUUGUUGAAAAAACUAGGAUCUGGUCAGUUUGGUGAGGUAUGGGAAGGACUGUGGAAUAAUACCACCCCUGUGGCAAUCAAAACAUUAAAACCAGGUUCAAUGGAUCCAAAGGACUUUCUGAGGGAAGCACAAAUAAUGAAGAACUUGAGACAUCCAAAGCUUAUACAGCUUUAUGCUGUUUGUACUUUGGAGGACCCAAUUUAUAUUAUUACUGAGCUGAUGAGAUAUGGAAGUCUUCUAGAAUACCUUCAAAAAGAUGCAGGCUCCCAGAUCUUCCUGCCACAUCAAGUAGACAUGGCUGCUCAGGUGGCUUCUGGGAUGGCUUACCUUGAAUCUCAGAACUAUAUCCAUCGCGAUCUUGCAGCCAGGAACGUCCUUGUUGGUGAACACAGCGUUUACAAAGUGGCAGACUUUGGACUUGCAAGAGUUUUUAAGGUAGAAAAUGAAAACAUAUAUGAAGCCAGGCAUGAAACAAAACUCCCAGUGAAAUGGACAGCCCCGGAGGCAAUCCGCUACAACAAAUUCAGCAUUAAGUCGGACGUCUGGUCAUUUGGAAUACUUCUGUUUGAAAUAGUCACCUAUGGGAAGAUGCCUUAUGCUGGUAUGCCGGGACACCAGGUGAUCCAGAUGCUGGACCAGGGGUACAGACUGCCCCGGCCGGAGGCCUGCCCAGAGCCGCUCUACCAGCUGAUGCUGCAGUGCUGGGGCGCGGAGGCGGGCGGGCGGCCCACCUUCCGGGCCCUCUGCGGGCAGCUGGAGUGCUACUUCGAGACCAACACUUCUUCCUACGCCCAUGCCCAGGCCGUGGUGACAUGA